CCCCCUCCAACAUUGCUGCCUUAACUCAUUCCUCCCUAGGGGCAGCGGCUUGGCAGGCAGAGAGGAAGGAGCCCUAGAUUUGAAACAAGACUGACCCAGGCUCCAGAGCCUGCGUCAGUGGGAUCACUUAACCACUUUGAGUCUCAGUUUUCUAUUUGUAAAAUGGGGGAGCAUAUGCUAUUCUUGACGUGUGAUGAUUGUAAGGGUGAAGCGAGCUUUUCUUUCUUCUGUUUACUGACUAGGCGUUUCCAGCACUAGUUAGGUUUGCACCAUAUGGGCAUCACACAAGUGAGUCUUUCCUUUCCCCAUGCAGGUUUCCAGGCCAGGGCAAUGUUCCGCACCGCAGUGAUGAUGGCGGCCAGCCUGGCGCUGACCGGAGCAGUGGUGGCUCAUGCCUACUACCUCAAGCACCAGUUCUACCCCACUGUGGUGUACUUGACCAAAUCCAGCCCGAGCAUGGCAGUCCUGUACAUCCAGGCCUUUGUUCUUGUCUUCCUUUUGGGCAAGGUGAUGGGCAAGGUGUUCUUUGGACAGCUGAGGGCAGCAGAGAUGGAGCACCUUCUGGAACGUUCCUGGUAUGCAGUCACUGAGACUUGUCUGGCCUUCACUGUCUUUCGGGAUGACUUCAGCCCCCGUUUUGUUGCGCUCUUCACUCUCCUUCUCUUCCUCAAGUGUUUUCAUUGGCUGGCUGAGGACCGUGUGGAUUUUAUGGAACGCAGCCCCAAUAUCUCCUGGCUCUUUCACUGCCGCAUUGUCUCCCUUAUGUUCCUCCUGGGUAUCCUGGACUUCCUCUUCGUCAGCCAUGCCUAUCACAGCAUCCUGACCCGAGGGGCCUCGGUGCAGCUGGUGUUUGGCUUUGAGUAUGCCAUCCUGAUGACUAUGGUGCUCACCAUCUUCAUCAAGUACGUGCUGCACUCCGUGGACCUCCAGAGUGAAAACCCGUGGGACAAUAAGGCCGUGUACAUGCUCUACACAGAGCUGUUUACAGGCUUCAUCAAGGUUCUGCUUUACAUGGCUUUCAUGACCAUCAUGAUCAAGGUGCAUACAUUCCCUCUGUUUGCCAUCCGGCCUAUGUACCUGGCCAUGAGGCAGUUCAAGAAAGCUGUGACAGAUGCCAUCAUGUCUCGCCGAGCUAUCCGUAACAUGAACACACUGUACCCAGAUGCCACCCCAGAGGAACUCCAGGCAAUGGACAAUGUAUGCAUCAUCUGUCGAGAAGAGAUGGUGACUGGUGCCAAGAGACUGCCCUGCAACCACAUUUUCCAUACCAGCUGCCUGCGCUCCUGGUUCCAGCGGCAGCAGACCUGCCCUACUUGCCGUAUGGAUGUCCUUCGUGCAUCACUACCAACCCAGUCACCACCACCCCCUGAACCUGCGGAUCAGGGGCCACCACCUGCCCCCCACGCUCCACCACUCCUGCCCCAGCCCCCCAACUUCCCCCAGGGCCUCCUGCCUCCCUUUCCUCCAGGCAUGUUCCCGCUGUGGCCCCCCAUGGGCCCCUUUCCACCUGUCCCACCUCCCCCCAGCUCAGGAGAGGCUGCGGCCCCUCCAUCCACCAGUGCAGCAGCCCUUUCUCGGCCCAGUGGAGCAGCCACAACCACAGCUGCUUCUGCGGCCUCUGCCCCAGCACCUGGCUCUGCCCCCACCUCUGAGGCUGCCCCUGCCCCAGGCUUCCCUUUCCCCCCUCCCUGGAUGGGCAUGCCGCUGCCACCACCUUUUGCCUUCCCCCCAAUGCCUGUGCCCCCAGCUGGCUUUGCUGGGCUGACCCCAGAAGAGCUGCGGGCUCUGGAAGGCCAUGAGCGGCAGCACCUGGAGGCUCGGCUACAGAGCCUGCGCAACAUCCACACGCUGCUGGAUGCUGCCAUGCUGCAGAUCAACCAGUACCUCACUGUGCUCGCCUCCUUGGGGCCCCCCCGGCCUGCCACCUCAGUCAACCCUCCUGAGGAGACUGCCCCUACAGUUGCUGCUGCCUCCUCCACCAGCAUCCCCAGCCCUGAGGCCACCCCAUCUCCAGGAGCUUCCCCACCAGCCCCUGAAUCUGAAAAGCCUCCAGCACCAGAGCCAUUGGGCACCGAAGAGCUGCCUGAGGAUGGGGGGCCUGAUGCAGCAGAACUCCGCCGCCGCCGCCUGCAAAAGUUGGAGUCCCCUGUUGCCCACUGACAUUGCCCCAGUCCUGGCCCCUGCUCCCACUCUCUUCGAGCAGACCUUGCUGGAACAUGUCCUGCCACCAAGUGCCAGCUCCCUCUCUACCUGUACCAGGGAGUAGUAACCCCCAGCUGAGACAGAGGAGGUGGCAUCCUCUAGGCCAAGUGGAAACAGGCCUAAGGCCCCAGGUGACUCCAGCCCUUACAGUCCUGGGCAGCCAUGGGGAUCCUGAGUCAGUUCCAGCCUUCUUCUCCAACCCUUCAGCCAUGUGUUCUGCUGGGGCCAUGAAGACAGAACAGCACAGCCUCUGAGAAGCCCUGUCCCCCCACCCAUUUCUGGGAGAAGGGGCAGCCCCUCUGAGCCCCACUUGUGUGUAUGGAGUCACACUGCAGUACCAAACAGUAUUAGCUCCCAUUCCAAAGUGUGGACUUGAGGGGCUGGGGGCAGGCCAUGAACUUGCUCCCUGGCCUACCAACCAAGACUGGUACCGAUGUCCUAUUCUUACCCUAAACUCCCCGGAAGCCCUUUGUGGUGGUGGCUGUGUCCCUUAUGCCCUGUGACAUUUCCAUGUCUUACUGGCAACCACACAACUCAGGGAAAGGAGUGCCUGGGGGCGGAGAAGCAGGAGGGCAGCACUGAGGGACACUGCCUGCCAAGGCCCCUCUCUCCCUGUAGCUUGUAAAGUGAGACUCCCUGGUCUCACCCAGCAGCCACUGCCCAGCCUCACUCCAGGCCGAGGGCUUGUGUGUCUGCUCCGGAAC